AUGAGUACACAUGAUAUAAGUGCAACAGUACGUAUUGUUGUCUACAAGAGUACAUUUAUACCGGCCUCACAACGGCCGGAUGGUACAUGGCGUCGUGCCAGACGCGUUAAAGACGGUUAUGUACCGCAGGAAGAAGUCCCUCUGUACGAAAGCAAAGGUCGACAAUUUGCCCAACGGAAAGCAAAUACAUUACCCCCUGGUCUGUGCCCCGAAGUGGUAGAAGCUGCUCGCAGAGAACGAGAGAAGAAGGAAAAGGCUAAGGCCAAAAAAGAGGCCGCGGCAGCAGCAGCUACCAAGAAACAACCAAUACCAGGCGUUUUAAAAUUACCUGCCAAUACAAUUACGGAAACCAAGAAACCCAUUGCGAAUGGCCAGAAAGCGAAAACACCCGCUGCUACAGGCGCUGCGCCGUCCAAAUCGAAUGAUCUCAAAGCUGUUGAAAAUCUAAGCGAAAAUUUAGCAAACAAUUUAAAGGUCGAGGAUGAAGCACAAGACCUGCAAAAGAAAUGCAAAAAAUUGCAAAAGAAGUUAAGAGAAAUUGAUGAAAUUGAAAAGAAACUUAAAAGUGGCGCCCUUAAGAAACCCGAAAAAGACCAGCUGGAUAAGGUGGCAAGAAAAGGAGCUAUAGAAAAGGAACUGCAACAGGUUCUGGCACAGAUGAACAGUGAAAGUUAAGUUAAGGUACUACAGCAUAGAAGAUAGCACAAGGA